AUGGCUCCCUACUACGUUGAGUAUCUUGCGGGAAAUGCUAUUUCUGACAUACAAGGAGAAUUAUUGUAUAACAACACUGGAAUCGGAUGCAGUUUUACACCUGUGGAGUCUUUCCACAGCAUGGAUGCCCAUCAGAAGCAAGGGCCGGAUGAAGGCCUAGAUAACGCUGCUCAAAACCAGCCAAACAUGUCAGCCUCGACCUCGGGUAUCUUAACCAAAUCACGCAAGACAUAUUUGAGACAGAAGGCCUCGGAUACAGACCGUCGUCGCAGAACAAGGAUUGCAGCAGCACUGGAUGCAUUGGAGGAUUUGCUUCCAGAGUCUAAAGAGGGAAAUAAAACAAAUAUAGUUGAUGAUUGCAUAGACUAUAUAAAGUGUUUGCAGCUUCACCUGAAGGAACUGAGUCAGAACCGACUGGGAGGUGAACCAACUUCUAAUCACUUAGCGUACCUUGAGGGAUAUGGGCAUUACCUUGUUCAUGAAAACACAGCUAGUGGACCGCUGCAAGACAUGAUGGCAAAAUUAUUGGAUGGGAACCCAUCUGCAGCAACCAAACUGCUAGAGAGUAGAGGUCUUUUCAUGAUGCCUAAUGCUCCUAAUUGA